AUGGCGGCGGACAAGGCAGGUCCUGCCUUGUCUCGUCUUGCCUUUGCUUGCGCCCGGUGGCUGGUGACGGCCGGCCUUGCAGAGAAGCAGCGACUAGCGGCGAGUAAUGUGGAGGAUCCAUUUACGGCAGCUGUCAGCGCCAGGAAUCACUAUAGUGAUAUAUGUCUCGACCGGUUGCCGAUACUGACCACACUGCUUAUCCUCCCCCAAGGCCAGCUGUCGGUCCGAUCCACCGCACACCCGCGCACAGUGCGUGCUGAACUGCAUGCGAGCGCUCGAGCGAUGCCUCUCCAGGUUCCCUCAUGGAAAACAUCGGCAUAUGAAUCGAGAGACAGGGCACAGACGGGCCUUCAUCGGCCAGCCCUAGGGAAGUCACCAUCUACCCCAGUGUUGGCACAGACUGACCUCGACGCACAACCCCAUACUAAUGUACCAUCUAUAUGCGUCGCCUUUCUCUGUGGGGUCGCAGAAAAUAGGACGGCUGCCGCGCCCAUGGUCGCCCUCACGAAUUGGACCGUUCACCUCUGCAAUCCAAUUGAUACCACUCAUGGACUACUGUUUGAAGGCAACGCUAGAAAAAUCAUCUAUCCUCGUCGGUUGCAUGGGUUUCAGUUCUUGGUGAGGAGUGCAACGUGCUCAGUAGCCGUCCGGAGCGUACGGUCUAGAGAUAAUCCGAACGGCGACUUCACCAUCUCCAUUCACUCUAAAGUUGCCGAUCAACACGGCAGGCAAAGAACGAUAUCUAUUUUCCGUGAUACCAAAACGCCCAACGAUGUUGUUACAAGCCACUUCCAGUCCUCGAGGGGAACGUCUUUCCUCACCAUGCACCGCGCUAGUACCAAAGGCGCAAAGUCCGCAAAAGCUCCCUCGGCCUUCAGGCUGAUCCAGCACACGCUUUCUCUCACACACAUCAACACUGGACCACGCCACGCGCGCGACUCCACAUUCCUUCUCAUAACCGCGACGCGCCACGAAAUGGCCACUUACGCCGACCCGGACGCGCAUAUGGGUGGAGCCGGGCCCUACGUCAAUCAGCAUGGGACACCGCCCACGCAGCAGCAGCAGCAGCAGCAGCAGCAACAACAACAACAGCAACAGCAACAAGAACAGCAACAACAACAACAACAACAACAGUCGCAACAGCUGACUGACCCUGAGUUGCGCCUACAUGAGAAUCUACAGCAACUUCGUGAGGGCGGCGACAUGAUUCACACUGGCGGACCACAGCAGCCACAGUAUCCGCAGUUGGCUCAGAUGCCCAACAUGGGAGCACACCAGCAUUUUCAGGGACCUUCACGACCAACUCACUCUCCGCAGCAGAUGGCGCAUGCUGUGAUGAGUUUGGAGGGACAGCAGGAACAUUACGAUCCCAACGAUCCGAGCCGCAAGAGGUCAAAGGUGUCACGCGCCUGUGACGAAUGUCGGCGCAAGAAGAUUCGAUGCGAUGCAACGAGCGAGAAUGGACCUGAAGCCUGCUCGAGUUGUAAGCGAACGGGAGCAAGAUGUCAGUUCAGUAGACAGCCCAUGAAACGUGGUCCAAGUAAAGGUUAUAUCAAAGAAUUGGCGGACCGCUUGAAUUCCCUUGAAAGCCAAAUCCAGCAACCACAGAAUUCUGCGCAUAACUUUGACUUUGGAGGAAUGGGAGACCAGACGUUUGUAGACACCCAGAGCCCGCCCCAAUUCAAGCGUCAACGAACUCACUCCAUUACGGAAGGAUUUCAUGAGAAUUUUGGUAGGCCUAGCUGGUCGGCUCAGGAUCGUGAUCCUUCUCUCAAUGGUAAUCAGCGCACAUCGUUCGGUGAGAUGACCUUGGCGGGCAGUUUGAUCACCGGUGUCAAUGAAGGAGCCAUUAGAGCAUAUUACACCGUCGUCCACCCUACCAUUCCCAUCCUAUCUCACAACGAUUCGGCUCUCAAUCGCCUGACCAAUUGUCCUGGAAAGUUGCGAGAAGCUUUCUUCCUAGCUCUGGAGGCUUGUGUUCGCAAUUUUGCAGCGAAAUCGCUUUCACCAACAGAUCUCAGUCUCAAUCAGCUUCUGCAACAGUGUUUCACUGCAGUAGAUGCGGCAAAGUACUCGCUCAGCAAUUCUGAUCACUCCCAGCAAUUGUAUAAUAACCUCGUGUUCUGCCAGUCGUUGACACUGCUCGCUGCUGCUACCGAUAGGCCUGGACCUGUUGUUGUCGGUAGCACGGCUCAGCUGUUGGGACAACUCGCCGGCUUUAUAACCGACCUUGGCUUGAAUGACUCGAGGACGCUUAGUGCGCUCAAAGAGCAAGACAUCGAGGCUUUCCAGAUGGCACGGCGCGUCUUUUGGUCCGCCUUCAUUCUCGACCGAUUCCAUGCGUCCAGUCGAUCCAAGGACAUCAUGCUACCGCUGCAUGUGGGCUCCUUGACGCGUGACGAUUUUUCCGCUCUGGGUGAGGCGGGUUAUCAUCUUGCCCGAGCCGCAAAGAUUAUAGGGCAAAUCGCCUAUGUCAACCGUGCAGGAACUGUACCGGAUAUUGAUGCAUCGUCACCCUUCACAUUCGCCACACUUAGCGCGACAUCGCCUGAAUCUGUGUACCUCAACGGGCAAUUGACAGACUAUCGCGAGUCCAUUGAGAUCACUGAUUUUAGCAACACUUCACCGCCAUACUUGGCCUAUCAGUAUCUACGUGUCUUUGUGGCACGGCUGUCCUCUCAGCAUGUGCCUUCGCCUGAAGUUCUGAGUUUGACAAAAGAUCUACUAGGAACUCUGACGGAAGGGCCAAUGACCCCUUUGCACCACAUUCUCGCCGCGCUGGCUGCAACGUCGUUGAUUGAGCUAUCCGACAGGGUGGAGACGCAAGUGGAGGCACAUGCUGGCAUCAAGGAAUUGAGUGAUGCCUUGGCAAACGGACGCAUCAUCUAUCCGAGUUCAGAUGGUCUCGGUUGGGAUGCCGCCCUUCGUGACUUAUUACAGCAGAAGAAGACGCCUACACCGCCCCUCAAUGCGCCUGAGCAGAAUACUCCUGCACCACAGCCGAACAUGGCUGGUCUUCAGCAUCUGGCCGCCGCUGCAGUCGGCGAGCGUGAAGGUACCGACGCUGCUCCACCCAACGCUGGCGGUGAUAGGCCGUCCUCUCAACCAUCAAAGGUUGAUCACGAUUUAUCAGCUGCAAUGGCAGCUGCGAAUGAAGCGGCGCUGGCUCAGGCCACUGCUGCUGCUGCCCAGCAGCUUUCAGCCUCACCUGUUGGAAAUAGCAAGACAGGCUUUGGCGAGAGUGUGGCUGGCCGUCGGUUGCCACGAAUACGAAUAGCUAUUCCCGUCGCAAGUGGAGCGCAAUGGCAAUUCAUGCGACGCAUACCCGACGUAUGGAUACACAUGUGGUGGUCCUUGAGUGUCCACCCGUUCAGUCAGCCCGGUAGCGGAAGUGGCGGAGAAGCGGUAUUGUCAAGUUUCCACCACGUGCAAUCCAUGGGCGCUUUAACUCCCGAUCAAGUCGCCAUUAUCAAAGCGACAGUCCCUGUACUGGCCGAACAUGGCAUUACCAUUACCUCAAAGUUCUACGCCGACAUGCUCACUGCUCACCCUGAACUCAAGAAUGUGUUCAACAACACACAUCAAGUGACCGGCCACCAGCCAGCAGCCCUUGCCGGCGCCCUCUACGCAUACGCCUCGAAUAUCGACAACCUCGGUGCGCUCAGCCCUGCCGUCGAACUCAUCUGCCACAAACAUGCCAGUCUCUUCAUUCGACCGGAGCAAUACGACAUUGUCGGCGAAUACCUACUCAAGACAAUGGCCACCGUUCUCGGAGACGCAGCAACACCGGAAAUCCUGAACGCAUGGGGAGCAGCCUACUGGCAACUGGCAGACAUCAUGAUCGGUGCCGAAGCCAAACUCUACAAAGCCACCUCCUACUGGCCCGACUGGAAGGACUUUGCCAUUGCCAAAAAGGAAAAGGAAAGUGAGGAAAUCACCUCCUUCUAUCUGACGCCCGUCGACGGCAUGAAGCUCCCCAUGUUCAAACCAGGCCAAUACAUCUCCGUCAACAUCCUCCUCCCCGAGCUCGACGGCGGCGUCUGGCAAGCCCGCCAAUACAGCCUCAGUGACGCCCCGGGCAAACCUCACCUCCGCAUCAGUGUCAAGCGCGAGCGUGGAAUCCAACUCGGGGAGCCAAAGCACUUUGAACAUCCCGGCUACAUCUCCAACAUUCUGCACGACGCCAGGACCGAGGGCGAUGUCAUACGCGUCUCCCACCCCUUUGGCGACUUCUUCUUCCAAGACGACGACGACGACAACGACAACGACAACGACAACAACAACAAAACCACCAACGAAAACACCAAUGCCAACAUCAACAACACCACCACCACCACCACCACCAACGCCCCCGUCGUCCUAAUCUCCGCAGGCGUCGGCCUCACAGCCCUCACCUCCAUCCUCAACCACCUCACCGCCCACCCCUCCCCCCGCCCCAUCACCUGGAUCCACGGCUCCCGCAACCGCCACACCCGCGCCUUCAAGCCGCACGUCGACGCCCUGGCCGCACAAAACGCCAACCUGCAAACCGUGUACUUUGCCUCGCAGCCGCUCGCAGACGAGCAGGCGGGCCGCGAGUACAGUGUGCGCGGCCGCGUCGAUCUCGACAAGGUGGACCGCGGCUUGUUGUACACGGGUGAGGAGAGGACGCGGUAUUUUGUGUGUGGGCCUGUGCCGUUUAUGCUGGGUGUUAGGGCUUGGUUGGAGGGGUGCGGGGUUGGGAGGGAGAGGGUGAGGAUGGAGCUUUUUGGGACGGGGGGUGUGCCGCAGGUGUAG